CCUUCCCUUCCUUCCCUUCAGCCUCCCCAAAGCUCUGCAAAGGCCUCAGUCAGCACUUGUUCUUUGUGCCUGUCUUGCCGUGCAAAGCUGGCCUGCUUGAGGAAGCGAAGACUGGUUUCUUCCUUCCUUUGUUCCUGAUAUAGCCUCCCGGCGCGCCGACUCAACAAAGAAACGACUGACAGUGCUGUCGACGACAUCAACGUCGCUCUCCCGGACACCAUGGGUCUCGACGAGAAGAAGCGGCCAGUGGCCCUCAAUCUCGCGCCUGCCCGCACCAUGUCUGCCAGCUCAGCGUCCACCACAGACUCAACAUCCACAUCAUCAUCACUAGCCAAGCCGCCCAGAACACCGCGGUUUGCUGAAGCCACCACCGUUCAUUCGCCUGUCGAGCCUCGCAAGAUCGCCUUCUCGGAGAAAUCGGAGAUCGCCCAGGCCCAGCCAGGAGAUGUCGGCUUUGGUUACAUUGGGACGGGUGCCGAAAGGGAGUCGGUCGCCGUGCCCAUGACUCCGAGGUCACCGUUGAAGAGCGCCAUGAAAGUGCCCGGGACGCCGGGUCGCGCGCUUGCGAACCCACUGAGCCCCACGUUCAGGGAAGAGCAGAUCUUGGAGAAGAGGGAAAAGGCGACGGAGAAGGAGCAGGCUCGAGACCUGAAAAUCAAGAUGCGGGUACGGAUGGCCAAGUUCGCUUUGCGAGGCGUGAACUUCAGCUGCAGUCUCAUCAUCCUGUCCAUGGUCUCGUCCUCCUUCGCCAUCUUCAACGCCACCAAGUCCCUGCCGGCUAUGAACGGCCUGCCGCCCUGGGCCAUGAACACCAACGCGUGGCCGCAGAAGGUGGUUCUCGCCUGCUCCUGCGUCUCGCUGCUCAUCUGCAUCAGCGUCUUCAUCGGCUACUGCCGCGGCGGUCACCGCAGGGCCGAGAAGGUCGGCGUCUACUACACUCUGUUCGCCGUCGGCUGGUUCAUUUUCUCCAUGAUCAUGUGGGCGGCCGCCGCCGGUAUCCUGCAGUUCACGCGGAACAACAGCAACAACCAGGACAUCUGGGGCUGGGCCUGUGUCCAGAACCAUCGGGCCGAGCUCUUCAGCGACAAGGUCGACUACGCGCUCGUCUGUCGGCUGCAGGACUGGUCCCUGAUCUGCAUCAUCAUCGAGAUGGUCGUCGAGGUCAUCAGCAUCUUGCUCUACAGCGUCAUCUUCUAUCGGUACUGGUCCAAACGCAAACUGCACAAGUCCAUGGACAUGCGCGACAAGGCCCGCUCCGACCUCUACCUCGCCCAGCUGCGCACCCAGUCCGCGCCCAACACCCCGGGCUUUGGGCCCAAGUCGCCCGCCUUCUCCCAAUACGUGCUCUCCCCGCGCUUCCCGCCCUCCACGUACCGGUCCCUCGGCGACAUCGAGGAGGGCGCCUCGCCCUUCACCCCGGGCGGCAAGGGCCUCGUCAUCCCGCAGUCCGCCUUCAGCCCCCGGCAGACCGGCUUCAAGCUGCAGGCGCCACCGGCCAAGGCCAACCCGGCGACGCCCGCGACGCCCAAGGCGGGCUACAAGCCGCCGACCGCCGCGGACCUGUCGCCGGUCACGCCGUCGUCGUCAUCAUCAUCAUCGGCAUCAGCGUCGGCGUCGGCGUCGGCGUCGGGGCCCGCCCUCGGGCCGGCGGUGACGGUCAACGAGCCCGCCCCCAUGGCCGAGGGCGAGAAGAAGUACGAGGCAGUGCCCAUCCCCGGCGCAUACGCCGGGCAGGCCAUCAAGAGCCCGCCGCCGGUGCAGACGACUUUCAACAUCCCGGGCCGGCACUCUUGAACGAACAGGAUGGUGAAAAGGUGUUUUCCGCACCUAACGACGCUCUUUACGUUUUCGUUUCUCUCUCUGCGUGCAGGCCCUCUGGCUUCCACCGUCUUUGUUUGUUUUCCUCAUUUAUCUCCUUGGCUUAUUGAACAUAAUAGUGGCGUUGGCGGUAUGGAUACCAAAGCGGGCUGGGACUCUCUGAUGCUGGAUAUCUCUAAUGUU